GUGAGUGACUCUCUCUCUCUCUUUCUCUGUCUCUCUCUCUCUCGCUCUUUCUCUCUGGGGCACUGGAUCAGCACACACAUUUAUGUCGAGUUGUGGAUGAGUGUGAACAGUGUUACAUCUAUAGGAGUGUGAUUUGGUAUCAGUGGACUAAUCAGACCUCAGUGUGAACACUGAUGUGAAGAAGCUCAGCUCGACUCGACUCGGCUGGUCGGAGAGCAGAGAGAUUUCAGCCUGCGUUACAUUCACAGUCCGCAAAAACGGAGAGGAAUCGCGUAUGAGGCCUCGAAAGUGAAGAGUACAGUACAUUUUAGAGAUGGACCUUAAACUACUUUUUAUAUCAGUGUUGUUAGGAAUCAUAUGCUACAGUAGCGCCCAGCCAGAGGGGAAUGAGUGCAUCAAGGCUAAUGCUGAAUCCUGUGGUGAUUGCAUCCAAGUAGGGGCCAAGUGUGGGUGGUGCACAGAUACAGACUUCCUGAAGCAGGGAGAGCCUACGUCGGCACGCUGUGAUGAACUUGAGUCCUUGAAGAAAAGAGGCUGUUCAGUGUCCUUGAUUGAAAACCCUCAAGGGAGCCUGAAAAUCCUCAAAAACAAACCUGUGACCCACCGCAAGAAAGGAGGCGAGAAACUCAAACCCGAGGACAUCACCCAAAUUCAGCCCCAGAAACUUGCAGUCAGCCUAAGAUCUGGAGAGCCACAAACAAUUAAUCUAAAGUUUAAAAGGGCAGAGGACUAUCCCAUUGACCUGUACUACCUUAUGGACUUGUCCUAUUCCAUGAAAGAUGAUCUGGAAAAUGUCAAAAACCUGGGCACCAGCCUGAUGGUGGAGAUGUCUGCAAUCACGUCAGACUUCAGAAUUGGUUUUGGUUCGUUUGUCGAGAAGACAGUCAUGCCCUACAUCAGCACCACCCCUGCCAAGCUUCUGAACCCCUGCACCGGGGACCAGAACUGCACGAGUCCCUUCAGCUACAAGAACGUGCUGAAACUCACCAGUAAUGGUGAGCAGUUCAACACACUGGUGGGUCAGCAGCAAAUCUCAGGCAAUCUGGACUCUCCAGAGGGUGGUUUUGAUGCUAUAAUGCAAGUCGCUGUGUGCGGGGAGCACAUUGGCUGGAGAAACGUCACUCGUUUGCUGGUGUUUUCUACAGAUGCAGGUUUCCAUUUUGCCGGAGAUGGAAAACUGGGUGGAAUUGUGCUUCCUAAUGAUGGCAAAUGUCACCUUGAAAACAACAUGUACACCAUGAGCCACUAUUAUGAUUACCCAUCAAUAGCACAUCUGGUGCAGAAACUAAGUGAAAAUAACAUCCAGACCAUCUUUGCUGUAACAGAGGAAUUUCAGCCUGUUUAUAAAGAAUUGAAAAACCUCAUUCCAAAGUCUGCAGUGGGAACAUUGUCGGCAAACUCCAGCAACGUGAUCAACCUUAUUAUCGAUGCGUACAAUUCUCUGUCUUCAGAGGUGAUUCUAGAGAACAGCAAGCUGCCUGAAGGAGUUACCAUCACAUAUCAAUCCCGGUGCAAGAAUGGAGUAGUAAGUGUUGGAGAGGAGGGACGCAAAUGCUCCAACAUCUCAAUUGGAGAUGAGGUCUCCUUCAGCAUAAACAUUACAGUUAAUGGCUGCCCCAAACAAGGCAAACCUCAGAUCCUAAAGAUCAGACCUCUGGGCUUCACUGAGGAAGUGGAGAUCAAACUGAGCUUUAUCUGUGACUGUGAGUGCCAGAAGAAAGGUAUUGUGAACAGUGACCUCUGCCAUAAUGGCAACGGCACCUUCGAAUGUGGCGCCUGCAGGUGCAAUAAGGAUCGUAUUGGCCGAGAGUGUGAGUGCUGGAAAGACGAAGUGUCCAGCGAAGACCUGGAAAAGACCUGCCGUAGAGAUAACGGUACUGAUCUCUGCAGCAACAACGGCGAGUGUGUGUGUGGCAAAUGUGAAUGUAAGAAGAGGGACAACCCAGAGGAGUACUACAGCGGCGAGUACUGCGAGUGUGACAACUUCAAUUGUGACCGCUCAAAUAACAAGCUCUGUGGAGGCCAUGGCCACUGUGAAUGCCGAGUCUGCGUUUGUGAUGCUAACUACACAGGAAGUGCAUGCGACUGCUCCUUGGAUAUGUCGACAUGUUUGGCCUCCAAUAAUCAGAUCUGUAAUGGCAGAGGCAUGUGUGAAUGUGGAACCUGUAGGUGCACUGAUCCUAAAUUCCAGGGACCCACAUGUGAGAUCUGCCCCACCUGCCCUGGAGUCUGCACUGAACACAAGGCGUGUGUGCAAUGCCGAGCUUUUGGUACAGGAGAAAAGAAGGACACUUGUGAAAGAGACUGCAGCUACUUCACUCUGAUUAAAGUGAAAAAUACAGAUAACCUGCCUCAGCCUGUACAAGCCUUCCCACUCAUGCACUGCAAGGAAAGAGAUGCUAAUGACUGCUGGUUCUACUACACCUACUCCGUCACGAACCACACCGAGGUCCAUGUCGUCGAUACUUUAGAAUGCCCAGCUGGUCCUGAUAUCAUCCCCAUCGUGGCUGGAGUGGUUGCAGGAAUUGUGCUGAUUGGACUAGCCCUUCUGUUAAUCUGGAAAUUGCUCAUGAUCAUUCACGACCGCCGCGAGUUUGCCAAGUUUGAGAAAGAGAAAAUUAAUGCCAAAUGGGAUAUGCAAGAGAAUCCAAUUUACAAGAGUCCUGUUAAUAAGUUCCAGAAUCCAAACUAUGGACAAAAAACUGCAGCUCUUUAAGGCGAAAAUCCGAUCUACAAGAGCGCCGUUACGACCGUCAUCAAUCCCAAAUACGAGGGCAAAUAAUGCACACCUCCCCUGUGCAUAGGGCCAUAUACUUUCAUUUCAUUUUUGAAUUUAUUUCUCCCAUUUCAAGUUCUUUUCAUUUUAUUUUGUAGAACUAUGCAUUUCUAUUGUGAGGACACAACCUUUUGUGCCUCCUCUGUUUUAUUGCAAAACCUGUACAGUUUGUAAAGACUUUAUCAGCAUCUGAAGCUCUUGUUUAGGAUACUUUUUAUUAUUUCCCUUGGUUCCACACAUUUACUGAACGUUCUCCAUGAUACUCUAGACUCCUUUUAAUCUUUCAAAAGCGAUGCAUAAGGUAUGAAGUAAACCUUUAUUAUGGCAGUUCAUAAAUAUCCACUCAAUCUACAUUUCUGUUAGAGACAACUAAAAAGCAUCAUGCAACAGCAGCAUUGUGAACGUGUAACAUCUGACAUGACAAUCAGGAAUAAGGAAUAUUGUUUAUUUGUCUUGGUGUCUUUUUAUUAUGCUAAUGAAUUUAGAGAUACUUGCUUAGCAUGUAGUGAAGUCAUGUUACAGGCGUAUGUUAUUUGCUGUUAUGUUAUAUUUCAGAGAUUUAAAACAUUUUUCCGAUUUCAGAACAUAAUCUACGGCGAUUUUAUGCCACAUCCACAGACGCUUUAGGGGCAUUUCACUCAUAAACGCACAUGGCUUUGGUCAGAUUUUCUUUCUUAUUCUAAUUCUGUACUACAAAGGAUGUUAUAUAUCUGACAUCAACCUGUUUCUUGUUAAAGAUCAUAUACUUUUGUAUGCAAUCCUAAAAUCAGAAUGAUGUCUGUCAUUAAAGCCCCUAGCAAAAGAAAAAUCUGUCAGUGAAAAAGAGUCAGGAAUUCCAUCCUAACCUGCUAUUUAAUUAAAGUUGAAAUAUAUAAUUAUAGGAAAACUCCUAUUUUCCAUUUGAUCAGUAAAUUGUGGGUAUGUCAGACUGCAUUAUGAUUGGCAGUGUCAUUUCUCUGGCAACACAAAUCUGUCAUUACUUUCUGAUCUACAUAAGUAUAAAUCUUUGCAUACUUAUACAAGGAUAAGUAUCAUUUUCUCUGAUACAGUGACACACAAUGUUAUGAGGUUAUUAUGUAUUCUACUUAAAUAUUUAAACCACUGAUGACUUUUUUUUUUAAAAAAACAAGAAAAAAACUGUUAGGUUUGUGAACGCCUUCAUGGUACAUGGUUAUGUGGUUAAACAUUUUAUUCUGUUUUAAUGUUUAAAAUUAUGUGCUUACUUUUAAAAUGAAGAUAAUGCCAUUUUGACAUAUUUUCUGCAACUACCAAGACAUAAAACUGGAAAAUUCUUGAUAUUUGAUGUAUAAUGCAGUAUUAUAUUACCCAAGAUGACUCAAAUCCUAGCUAGUCUUUUAAUUUACAAGUGCCUUUUUAACAUGUUCUAUUGCCAUGCUGUUUGGAAAUUAUUUAUUAAAACCGACUCUUAAAAA